AUGCGUAAGUAUCAUCUCCUCUGGUAUAACAUGCCAGAUCCAACCGAAGUCAAGGUGAUCGUAGCUGACAAUUCGUUUUUUUAUAGUCACCUGAGAGCCACUGGUGGUGAAGUCGGUGCCCAGUCCGCUCUCGCUCCCAAGAUCGGUCCUCUCGGUCUGUCUCCCAAGAAGAUUGGUGAAGAUAUUGCGAAGGCCACUGGUGACUGGAAAGGUCUCCGUGUUACGGUCAAGCUUGUCAUCCAGAAUCGUCAGGCUACUAUCUCCGUCGUUCCAUCUGCCUCCUCUCUUGUCAUUAAGGCUCUCAAGGAGCCCCCACGUGACCGUAAGAAGGAAAAGAACAUCAAGCAUUCGAAGUCCAUUCCUUUCGAUGAGAUUGUGGAGAUUGCUCGCAUAAUGAGAUCGCGCUCUUUGGCAAAGGAGCUCCGCGGAACUGUUCUUGAGAUUUUGGGUACUGCUUUCAGCGUCGGCUGCCAAGUCGAUGGACGCAGCCCUAAGGAUGUUAGCGACGACGUCAAGGCCGGUGAAAUUGACGGUACGUGGUCUCUUCCUAUUAUUCGGGUUUGA